GUCCCGUUCUACAGGAUAUGAGUUGUUGUUCGGCUCGUAUUUCGAUAGAAUAUACUGUAUAAAUUCGGGAUCAAUUUUUUGUUAAAACAAAUCGAGAAAUCUCCACUCAAAACCAUUGGUCCUGCGGAGACUCCACGAAGUGAGGUUGUUCAGUGCAAUUUUUGGUCAAUGUUUCCAUUGAGUUCCUCUAUUCUCCAUGCGUGGCCCUGGUAUACUAUCAUAGUCCCUCUGUUCGGGUCUCUAUCACGGUCGUUUCACGAAAGCGUUUUAUGUCACAGUUUGAACGUGCGUUAUGGCUUCCCGCAAUAAUGCACAAUUCGUUAGGAGAAGCGAGGAUAGCUUAAAGAGCCUGAUAUCCUCACGAAGGGCUGCCCCAGGAGCACCCGAACAAUGCCAGUGCUCCAGACCAUCGGCCUGUCCAGAGUUAGGAAACCAAAACCAUAAGUGACAUUCCGUGAUCCCACCCCACCUUUUUAUUAUAAUAACUCAUUAUGGUGGGAAGGGAAAAAAGGGAGAGCCCCACCAUGUGGCUUCCCGCCACAUUAAACCCUGUCAUCACCAGCCACAGUGAUACGAAAUCCAGGAAUAUUUCCUGAAUUCGACCAUCCGUGACCUGACGUUUUCCCUUAACCCCCCCUAAACUAUCAUCGCGGUACCUGCACAACACUACCCAAUUCGCCAUCAACGAACACAACAAAACAAUGUCUGGCGUAGCAGCUAAUUCUGGAAAGUCCGCCCUGAAACAGGGCGCGAAGCGCGACCCUGAACUUUAUGUAUGGAAUCCUUUCCGUUCUUCUGAGCCCCACUUCGCCCCCCCCGCCUCUCCGGUUAUUCGGUAGCUGGGAACUAACCUGGUGAUGGAGACAGAUUCUCUUCGCCGUAAUGUCCGGUGCUUUCGGACUCGCCGGUUUUUACUUUGGUAAGUUUUGUCAUUUGCCCCACCUGUUGCGGAAUGUGGGAUGGGGAUUUAACAAAUUACGGUGUGAUAGGACGAAAGCCUACCUCGGCAACAUCCGAAGAGGGCCGUAUCAAUGUUGCCAAGGGUGGAAUGCCGUGGCAUGGCGAGUCGACCGAGGCUUCUGCUAGGGAUCAGUUCAAGUACUCCAUCCUUCGUCCUUCUGUGCAGUACUUGGGCUUGUUCGUUGAUGUGGGUCGGAAUAACCUAGGUACAAGUACCAUCCCGGCGGAGACGCCAGGAACCCGCCCAAGGAUGCCCCUAGCGCUUUGCACACCGUCAUCGUUCCCAACGUCAACCUGCCAAAGGUAUGUUUCCCUUUCCUCAGCUUGGUAUGUAGGAUAAUGGUUAAUUGGGUCCUCAGGAACUUCACGAUAAGUACAACAAAUGGGGCAAGGACGGAUACUAAACCACCAUAUCGCUCUGACAUGGCCUGCCGGUCCUCGCUGGCGGCGUGUUCUUUUCCUUGUAUACCAAAAUUGAUGCGCGAGGUUGUAUAGAGUGGUCUGGGGGCCUUCUUGUUUUCUUGUUCUAUUACUUUCCUCUUGUUCAAUGGGGAUCGGGGAUGGGGCCGGCCGGUUGGGAAUGCGGGUAUCCGAGUGGGAUUGGGGUGGGCUAGCCUUCAAUUCAUCCCCUGUUUUCAGAUG